AUGUUCCUCACAAGGACUGAGUAUGAUAGAGGAGUCAACACUUUCUCUCCGGAAGGCCGAUUGUUUCAAGUCGAAUAUGCCAUUGAAGCUAUCAAGUUGGGUUCGACAGCAAUAGGGGUAAAAACUAAGGAAGGGGUGGUUCUUGCUGUUGAAAAGCGCAUUACCUCGCCUCUUUUGGAGCCUAGCAGCGUUGAGAAAAUUAUGGAAAUUGAUGAUCAUAUCGGUUGUGCCAUGAGUGGCUUAAUUGCUGAUGCCCGUACACUGGUUGAACAUGCACGUGUUGAAACUCAGAAUCAUAGGUUCUCAUAUGGUGAGCCCAUGACAGUUGAGUCCACUACACAAGCUCUCUGUGAUCUUGCCCUGCGAUUUGGUGAGGGUGACGAAGAAUCUAUGUCUAGACCUUUUGGUGUAUCCCUUCUCAUUGCUGGUCAUGAUGAGAAUGGACCCAGCUUGUACUAUACGGAUCCUUCUGGUACUUUCUGGCAAUGCACUGCAAAAGCCAUUGGAUCAGGUUCUGAAGGUGCUGACAGUUCUCUGCAGGAGCAGUUCAACAAGGAUCUUACCCUGAAAGAAGCAGAAACCAUUGCGCUUUCCAUACUGAAGCAAGUGAUGGAAGAAAAGGUUACGCCCAACAAUGUUGAUAUUGCGAAGCAUUUCUACAGGCAGGAGCCACUCACAUUUGGAAAGCUGCUUUCAAAGUGCUCAUCUCUUCGCUCUCCUCCUUCUGCUAAUGCGAAUAUCCCGUUCUUGGUUCUUAAAGAUAUGUCUCCUGCCCCUGUUAUGUUAGCGUCUCUAAUCUCAUCUAUUGGUUGGAGCUCUCUUCGGGAAAGAGUCUAA